AGGGGGCGGGGGUGAGAGCUCACGCUGGCCGGGCAGCUGUGGUGAGUCCGGAUUCUCUUGCACGGGUGAGAGCGUGCGGCGGACCACAGAGCGGAGGUGAAGCCUUAUGCUGAGACAGUUUUAUCUAGUUCAUGAACCCAAAUUAUAUACAAGCUGAAUGUUACAGAAGUGUUGAAAGACUGCUCUGUCAUGAGCACCGACAGCAACUCAUUGGCACGUGAAUUUCUGAUCGAUGUCAACCAGCUUUGCAAUGCAGUGGUCCAGAGGGCAGAAGCCAGGGAAGAAGAAGAAGAGGAAACACACAUGGCAACUCUUGGACAGUACCUUGUCCAUGGACGAGGAUUUCUGUUACUUACCAAACUAAAUUCUAUCAUUGAUCAGGCCCUGACAUGCAGAGAAGAACUACUGACUCUUCUUCUGUCGCUCCUUCCCUUGGUGUGGAAGAUACCUGUCCAGGAACAGCAGGCAUCAGAUUUUAACCUGCCAUUGUCGUCUGAUAUAAUCCUGACCAAAGAAAAGAACUCAAGUUUGCAAAAAUCAACUCAGGGAAAAUUAUAUUUAGAAGGAAGUGCUCCAUCUGGUCAGGUUUCUGCAAAAGUAAACCUUCGAAAAAUCAGGCGACAGCGUAAAAGUACCCAUCGCUAUUCUGUAAGAGAUGCAAGAAAGACACAGCUCUCCACCUCUGACUCUGAAGGCAACUCAGAUGAGAAAAGUACAGUUGUGAGUAAACACAGGAGGUUCCACGCGCUGCCACGGUUCCUGACACAGUCUCCUAAGGAAGACCACCUCGUAGCCAAACUUGACCCCUCUGCAACCAAAGAACAGGUCCUUUCUGACACCAUGUCUUUGGAAAACUCCAGAGAAGUCAUUAUGAGACAGGAUUCAAAUGGUGACAUAUUAAGUGAGCCAGCUGCCUUGUCUAUUCUCAGUAACAUGAAUAACUCUCCUUUUGACUUAUGUCAUGUUUUGUUAUCUUUAUUGGAAAAGGUUUGUAAGUUUGACAUUGCUUUGAAUCAUAAUUCUUCCCUAGCACUCAGUGUAGUACCCACACUGACUGAGUUCCUAGCAGGCUUUGGAGACUGCUGUAGCCAUAGUGACACUUUGGAGAGACAACUGGUUUCUGCAGGUUGGACAGAAGAGGCGGUAGCUUUGGUUCAACGGAUGCUCUUUCGAACUGUGCUGCAUCUUAUGUCAGUAGACGUUAGCACUGCAGAGGCGAUGCCAGAAAGUCUUAGGAAAAAUCUGACUGAAUUGCUUAGGGCAGCUUUAAAAAUUAGAGCUUGCUUAGAAAAGCAGCCUGACCCUUUCUCACCAAGACAAAAGAAAACACUACAAGAGGUCCAGGAAGGCUUUGUAUUUUCCAAGUAUCGUCAUAGAGCCCUUCUUCUACCUGAGCUUCUGGAAGGAGUUCUACAGCUCCUCAUCUCUUGUCUUCAGAGUGCAGCUUCAAAUCCCUUUUACUUCAGUCAAGCCAUGGAUUUAGUUCAAGAAUUUAUCCAGCACCAAGGAUUUAAUCUCUUUGAAACAUCGGUUCUUCAGAUGGAAUGGCUGCUUUCAAGGGAUGACGUUCCUUCAGAGGCUGCAGAACAUCUGAAAGCCCUGAUAAACAGUGUAAUAAAAAUAAUGAGUACUGUCAAAAAAGUGAAAUCAGAGCAACUUCAUCAUUCCAUGUGCACAAGGAAAAGGCACCGGCGUUGUGAGUAUUCCCACUUCAUGCAGCACCACCGAGAUCUCUCAGGUCUCCUGGUUUCAGCUUUUAAAAAUCAGCUUUCUAAAAGCCCCUUUGAAGAGACGGCAGAGGGAGAUGUGCAGUACCCAGAGCGGUGCUGCUGCAUCGCAGUGUGCGCCCACCAGUGCUUGCGCUUGCUACAGCAGGUCUCCCUGGGCACCACGUGUAUCCAGAUCCUAUCAGGUGUACACAAUGUUGGGAUCUGUUGUUGUAUGGAUCCUAAGUCUGUGAUUGUCCCUUUACUCCAUGCUUUUAAAUUGCCAGCACUGAAGAUUUUUCAGCAGCAUAUACUGAAUGUCCUUAGCAAACUUCUUUUGGAUCAGUUAGGAGGAGCAGAGAUAUCACAGAAAAUUAAAAAAGCAGCUUGCAACAUCUGUACUGUGGACUCUGACCAACUGGCUAAGUUAGGAGAGACACUGCAAGGCACCUUGCGUGGUACUGGUCCUUCCUGUGGCUUGCCCAGUCCUUCUUACAGAUUUCAAGGGAUCCUGCCAAGCAGCGGGUCUGAAGACUUGUUGUGGAAAUGGGAUGCAUUAGAGGCUUAUCAGAACUUUGUCUUUCAGGAAGACAGAUUACAUAACAUUCAGAUUGCAAAUCACAUAUGCAACUUAAUCCAGAAAGGCAAUGUAGUUGUUCAGUGGAAAUUAUACAAUUAUAUCUUUAAUCCUGUGCUCCAAAGAGGAGUUGAAUUAGUGCAUCAUUGUCAACAGCAAAGCAUUACUUCAGCUCAGACUCACAUGUGUAGCCAACUGAAACAAUAUUUGCCUCAGGAAGUGCUUCAGAUAUAUUUAAAAACUCUGCCUAUCCUACUUAAAUCCAGGGUAAUAAGAGAUUUGUUUUUAAGUUGUAAUGGAGUAAACCAAAUAAUUGAAUUAAAUUACUUAGAUGGGAUUCGAAGUCAUUCCCUGAAAGCAUUUGAAACUCUGAUUGUCAGCCUAGGGGAACAACAGAAAGAUGCCUCCGAUCCAGGUGUCAAUGGGUUAGACAUCCAGCAGGAGUUGCCAUCCUUAAGUGUGGGUCCUUCUCUCCAUAAGCAGCAAGCUUCCUCAGAUUCUCCUUGCAGUCUUAGGAAGUUUUAUGCCAGCCUCAGAGAGGCUGAUCCAAAAAAACGAAAGACCAGUCACCAGGAUGUUCACAUAAACACAAUAAACCUCUUCCUCUGUGUGGCUUUUCUAUGUGUCAGUAAAGAAGCAGACUCUGAUAGGGAGUCUGCCAAUGAGUCAGAAGAUACUUCUGGCUAUGACAGUACUGCCAGUGAGCCAUUAAGUCACAUGCUGCCAUGUCUGUCUCUUGAGAAUGUUGUCUUACCUUCCCCUGAAUGUUUGCACCGCACAGCAGACAUUUGGUCCAUGUGUCGUUGGAUCUACAUGUUGAACUCAGUCUUCCAGAAACAAUUUCACAGGCUUGGUGGUUUCCAAGUGUGCCAUGAAUUAAUAUUUAUGAUAAUCCAAAAACUAUUCAGAAGUCAUACAGAGGAUCAAGGAAGAAGGCUGGGAGAAAUGAGUGUAAGUGAAAACCAAGAGUUAAUCAGAAUAUCUCAACCUGAGAUGACAUUGAAGGGAGAUGUAUCGUCUGCAACAGCACCAGAACUGGGAUUUCUGGAGAAGAGUGCUGAUAGCAUGAGUGAAUUAGAAUCACAGCAUAUGCACCCCACAAGUGCAGGGCAGAUUUUGGCUACUGAAUCUGUUCCUGGGGAAGCAAAGGCAUUUAUGAAUCAAGAAAGUGAGACUUCUCUCCAGAGCAUUCGACUUUUGGAGUCUCUUCUGGCCAUUUGUCUUCAUAGCGCCAGAGCCAGUCAACAGAAGAUGGAAUUGGAGCUACCUUCUCAGAGCUUGUCUGUGGAAAAUAUAUUGUGUGAACUGAAGGAACACCUUUCCCAGUCAAAGGUGGCAGAAACCGAACUAGCAAAGCCUUUAUUUGAUGCUCUGCUUCGAGUAGCCUUGGGGAAUCAUUCAGCAGAUUUGGAUCCUGGUGAUACUGUGACUGAAAAGAGUCAUCCCCCUGAGGAAGAAUUGUUGUCCCAGCCUGGAGAUUUUUCAGAAGAAACUGAGGAUUCUCAGUGUUGUAGUUUGAAACUUCUGGGCGAGGAAGAAGGUUAUGAAGCGGAUAGUGAAAGCAAUCCCGAGGAUGGUGACACCCAAGAUGAUGGAGUAGAAUUAAAACCUGAAGCAGAAGGUUUCAGUGCAUCUAUUGUUUCAAACAACUUACUUGAAAACCUCACUCACGGGGAAAUAAUAUACCCUGAGAUUUGCAUGCUGGGAUUAAAUUUGCUUUCUGCUAGCAAAGCUAAACUUGAUGUGCUCGCUCAUGUGUUUGAGAGCUUCCUGAAGAUUGCCAGGCAGAAGGAAAGGAACAUUUUUCUGCUCAUGCAACAGGGAACUGUGAAAAUCCUUCUAGGAGGGUUCUUGAAUAUUUUAACACAAACUAACUCUGAUUUCCAAGCAUGCCAGAGGGUAUUGGUGGAUCUCUUGGUGUCUUUGAUGAGUUCAGGAACGUGUUCAGAAGAUGUAACCCUUCUUUUGAGAGUAUUUCUGGAGAAAUCUCCUUGUACAGAAAUUCUUCUCCUUGGUAUUCAGAAAAUUGUUGAAAGUGAUUUUACUAUGAGCCCUUCACAGUAUCUGACCUUCCCUUUGCUCCAUACCCCAAGUUUAAGCAAUGGUGUCUCAUCACAAAAGCCUCCUGGGAUUCUUAACAGUAAAGCCUUAGGCUUAUUGAGAAGAGCACGGAUUUCCCGGGGCAAGAAAGAGGCUGACAGAGAUAGUUUUCCCUAUAAACUGCUUUCCUCUUGGCACAUAGCCCCAAUCCACCUGCCAUUGCUGGGGCAGAACUGCUGGCCGCACCUGUCAGAAGGAUUUAGUGUUUCUCUGUGGUUUAAUGUGGAAUAUAUGCAUGAAUUCGAGAGUGCUGCAGAAAGAGGAAAGAAAGUAAAGAAAAGAAACAAACCAUCAGUUCUAGAAGACGGCAGUUUUGAAGAAGAAGAAGGUGACAGACCAGAAGUUACAGAAUCCAUCAGUCCUGGUGACAGACUCAUAGAAGAUGGCUGUAUUCACUUGAUUUCAUUGGGAUCCAAAGCAUUGAUGAUCCAAGUGUGGGCUGAUCCCCACAGUGGCACUUUUAUCUUUCGUGUGUGCGUGGACUCAAAUGAUGACAAGAAAGCUGUUUCACUAGCACAGGCAGAAUCACAGGAGAACGUUUUCUUUCCAAGCAGAUGGCAACACUUAGUACUUACCUAUAUUCAGCAUCCUCAAGGGAAAAAGAAUGUCCAUGGGGAAAUCUCCAUGUGGGUCUCUGGGCAGAGGAAGACUGAUGUCAUCUUGGAUUUUGUGCUUCCAAGAAAAACAAGCUUAUCAUCAGACAGCAAUAAAACGUUUUGCAUGAUUGGUCAUUGCUUAACAUCCCAAGAAGAGUUUCUGCAAUUAGCUGGAAAAUGGGACCUUGGGAACUUGCUCCUCUUCAAUGGAGCUAAGAUUGGCUCACAAGAGGCCUUUUACCUGUAUGCUUGUGGACCCAACUAUACAUCCAUAAUGCCAUGUAAAUAUGGCAAGCCAGAGAUCGACUACUCCAAAUACAUUCAUAAAGAAAUUUUGAGAUGUGAAGAAAUCAGAGACCUUUUUAUGACCAAGAAAGAUGUGGAUGUUGGUCUCUUAAUUGAAAGUCUUUCAGUUGUUUAUACAACUUACUGUCCUGCUCAGUACACCAUCUAUGAACCUGUGAUUCGACUCAAGGGCCAAGUGAAAACUCAGCUCUCCCAAAGACCCUUCAGCUCAAAGGAAGCCCAGAGCAUCUUACUAGAACCUUCUCAACUCAAAAGCCUUCAACCUACGGAAUGUAAAACCAUCCAAGGCAUUCUGCAUGAGAUUGGCGGGGCUGGUCUAUUUGUUUUUCUCUUUGCUAGGGUUGUUGAAGUGAGUAGCUGUGAAGAAACUCAAGCAUUAGCUCUGCGUGUUGUUUUGUCUUUAAUUAAGUUCAGCCAACAGAGAACACAUGAAUUGGAAAAUUGUAAUGGACUUUCUAUGAUUCACCAAGUGUUGGUCAAACAGAAAUGCAUUGUUGGCUUUCACAUUUUGAAGACCCUUCUUGAAGGUUGCUGUGGUGAAGAAGUUAUCCACGUCAGUGAGCAUGGAGAGUUCAAGUUGGAUGUUGAGUCUCAUGCUAUAAUCCAAGAUGUUAAACUACUGCAGGAACUAUUGCUUGAUUGGAAGAUAUGGAAUAAGGCAGAGCAAGGUGUGUGGGAGACUCUGCUAGCAGCUUUGGAAGUCCUCAUCCGGGUAGAACACCAGCAGCAGCAGUUUAAUAUCAAGCAGUUGCUGAACGCCCACGUAGUUCACCACUUCCUACUGACUUGUCAGGUUUUACAGGAACACAGAGAGGGGCAGCUUACAUCCAUGCCCCGAGAAGUUUGUAGAUCAUUUGUGAAAAUCAUCGCAGAAGUUCUUGGUUCUCCUCCAGACUUGGAAUUAUUGACAGUUAUCUUCAAUUUCUUGUUAGCAGUACACCCUCCUACUAAUACUUACGUUUGUCACAACCCCACAAACUUUUACUUCUCUUUGCACAUAGAUGGCAAGAUCUUUCAGGAGAAAGUUCAGUCAAUCAUGUACCUGAGGCAUUCUAGUAGUGGAGGGAAAUCUGUUCCCAGCCCUGGAUUUCUGGUAAUAAGCCCGUCUGCCUUUACUGCAUCUCCUCCUGAAGGAACCAGUUCUUCCAGUAUUGUUCCACAGCGGAUGGCCUCCCAGAUGGUUCGAUCUAGAAGUCUACCAGCAUUUCCUACUUACUCGCCAUUAAUUCAAGCACAAAAACUGGCUGGAAGUUUGGGCGCUAGUGUUGACAAGUUACAAAAUAUUGCAGAUGCCAACCCAGAGAAACAGAAUCCUUUAGGGAGUCCCUAUACACUGAAAACAAGCAGAGAGGAAGCAUUCAUCAGUAGCUGUGAGUCUGCAAAAACUGUUUGUGAAAUGGAGGCACUUCUUGCAGCCCAGGCCUCUGCCAGCUGGGUCUCCAGAGGAUCCCUGAGGUUUCCCAUGGCCAGAGUAGAUCACAAAGACUUGAGAACUGAGCCCAGAUCAGAUGAUGACAGUCCUGGGGAUGAAUCUUAUCCACGUCGACCUGAUAACCUCAAGGGCCUGGCCUCAUUCCAGCGAAGUCACAGCACGAUUGCAAGCCUUGGGCUUGCAUUUCCCUCUCAGAAUGGAUCUGCGGUUGCUAGCAGAUGGCCAAGUCUUGUUGAUAGGAACGCUGAUGAUUGGGAAAACUUCACCUUUUCUUCUGCUUAUGUGGCAAACUACAACCGAGCCACAAGCACCCACAGUGUCAUUGAAGACUGUUUGAUACCUAUCUGCUGUGGAUUAUAUGAACUCUUAAGUGGGGUUCUUCUUGUCCUGCCUGAUGCUAUGCUUGAAGAUGUGAUGGACAGGAUUAUUCAAGCAGAUAUUCUUCUAGUCCUUGUUAACCACCCAUCACCUGCUAUCCAGCACGGAGUAAUUAAACUGUUACAUGCAUACAUUAAUAGAGCAUCGAAAGAACAAAAGGACAAGUUUCUGAAGAACCGUGGCUUUUCCUUGUUAGCCAACCAGUUGUAUCUUCAUAGGGGAACUCAGGAGUUAUUGGAAUGCUUCAUUGAAAUGUUCUUUGGUCGACCAAUUGGCCUGGAUGAAGAAUUUGAUCUGGAGGAAGUGAAACACAUGGACCUUUUCCAGAAGUGGUCUGUCAUUCCAAUUCUGGGACUAAUAGAGACCUCUCUCUAUGACAAUAUCCUCUUGCACAAUGCUCUUGUAGUUCUUCUGCAAGUUUUAAACUCUUGUUCCAAGGUAGCAGACAUGCUAUUGGACAAUGGUCUACUCUAUGUGUUAUGUAAUACAGUAGCAGCCCUGAAUGGAUUAGAAAAGAACAUUCCUCUGAAUGAAUACAAAUUGCUCGCAUGUGAUAUACAGCAACUUUUCAUAGCAGUUACAAUUCAUGCUUGCAGUUCCUCAGGCUCCCAGUAUUUUAGAGUUAUUGAAGACCUUAUUGUACUUCUUGGAUAUCUUCAUAAUAGCAAAAACAAGAGGACACAAAAUAUGGCUUUGGCCCUGCAACUUAGAGUUCUUCAGGCUGCUUUGGAAUUUAUAAGGAGCACAGCCAAUCAUGACUCUGAAAGUUCAGUGCAGUCGCCUUCUGCCCAUCACCAUUCAGUGCCUCAGAAGCGGAAAAGCAUUGCUGGUCCUCGCAAAUUUCCUCUGGCUCAGACAGAGUCUCUCCUGAUGAAGAUGCGCUCGGUGGCCAGUGAUGAGCUGCACUCUAUGAUGCAGAGGAGGAUGAGCCAAGAGCACCCUAGCCAGGCCUCAGAGGCAGAGCUCGCCCAGCGGCUGCAGAGGCUCACCAUCUUAGCUGUGAACAGGAUCAUUUACCAAGAGUUGAAUUCUGAUAUUAUUGACAUUUUGAGAACUCCAGAAAAUAUAUCCCAAAGCAAGACCUCGGUUUCUCAGACUGAAAUUUCUGAAGAAGACAUGCAUCAUGAGCGACCUUCUGUAUACAAUCCAUUUCAAAAAGAAAUGUUUGCAUAUCUAUUGGAUGGUUUUAAAGUGUCUAUUGGUUCAAGUAAAACUGGCGCUUCUAAGCAGCAGUGGACUAAAAUCCUGGGGUCUUGUAAAGAAACCUUCCGAGUCCAGCUUGGAAGAUUGCUAGCACAUAUUUUGUCACCAGUCCACACUGUACAAGAAAGGAAGCAGAUACUUGAGAUAGUUCAUGAACCAGCUCACCAGGAUAUACUUCGUGACUGUCUUAGCCCCUCCCCACAACAUGGAGCCAAGUUGGUUUUGUACUUGUCAGAGUUGAUACAUAAUCAUGAGGAUGAGCUAAAUGAAGAAGAAAUGGAUACAGCAGAACUGCUUAUGAGUGCUCUAAGGUUAUGUGGCCACAAGUGCAUCCCUCCCAGUGCCCCUACCAAGCCAGAGCUCAUUAAGAUUAUCAAAGAGGAGCAAAAGAAAUAUGAAAGUGAAGAGAGUGUGAGUAAAGGUGCCUGGCAGAAAACGGUGAACAACAACCAACAGAGUCUCUUCCAAAGGCUCGAUUUAAAAUCCAAGGACAUAUCUAAAAUAGCUGCAGAUAUCACCCAGGCUGUAUCUCUCUCCCAAGGAAUUGAAAGAAAAAAGGUAAUUCAGCACAUCAGAGGGAUGUAUAAAGUCGACCUGAGUGCCAGCAGACACUGGCAGGAACUCAUCCAGCAGCUGACACAUGACAGAGCAGUCUGGUAUGACCCAAUCUACUAUCCAACUUCAUGGCAGUUGGAUCCAACAGAAGGGCCAAACCGAGAGAGGAGACGUUUGCAGAGAUGCUAUUUAACUAUUCCAAAUAAGUAUCUACUUAGGGACAGACAAAAGUCAGAAGGUGUGAUCAAGCCACCACUCUCUUACCUUUUUGAAGAUAAAACUCAUUCUUCCUUCUCCUCUACUGUCAAAGACAAAGCUGCAAGUGAAUCUAUCAGAGUGAAUCGAAGAUGUAUCAGUGUUGCACCAUCUAGAGAGACAGCUGGGGAACUGUUGUUAGGUAAAUGUGGAAUGUAUUUUGUGGAAGACAAUGCUUCUGAUACAGUUGAAAGUUCGAGCCUUCAAGGGGAGUUAGAACCAGCAUCGUUUUCAUGGACAUAUGAGGAAAUUAAAGAAGUUCAUAGGCGCUGGUGGCAACUGAGAGAUAAUGCUGUAGAAAUCUUUUUAACAAAUGGCAGAACUCUCCUAUUGGCAUUUGACAAUACCAAGGUUCGUGAUGAUGUGUACCACAGUAUUCUCACUAAUAACCUCCCAAAUCUUCUGGAGUAUGGCAACAUCACUGCUCUGACAAACCUGUGGUAUACUGGACAAAUUACCAACUUUGAAUAUUUGACUCAUUUAAACAAGCAUGCGGGCCGAUCCUUCAAUGAUCUCAUGCAGUACCCGGUGUUCCCCUUCAUCCUCUCUGACUAUGUUAGCGAGACUCUUGACCUCAAUGAUCCAUCUAUCUAUAGAAACCUGUCUAAGCCUAUAGCUGUGCAGUAUAAAGAAAAAGAAGAUCGUUACGUUGACACAUACAAGUACUUGGAGGAAGAGUACCGCAAAGGAGCCCGAGACGAUGACCCCAUGCCUCCUGUGCAGCCCUACCACUAUGGCUCCCACUACUCCAACAGUGGCACCGUGCUCCACUUCCUGGUCAGGAUGCCGCCUUUCACAAAAAUGUUUCUAGCCUAUCAAGAUCAGAGUUUUGACAUUCCAGACCGAACAUUUCAUUCUACAAACACAACUUGGCGCCUCUCAUCCUUUGAAUCCAUGACUGACGUGAAGGAGCUGAUUCCAGAGUUUUUCUAUCUUCCUGAGUUCUUAGUGAACCGUGAAGGUUUUGACUUCGGUGUUCGUCAGAAUGGUGAACGGGUUAACCAUGUCAACCUUCCUCCCUGGGCACGCAAUGAUCCUCGGCUGUUCAUCCUAAUUCACCGGCAGGCACUAGAAUCUGACCAUGUGUCCCAGAACAUCUGUCACUGGAUUGACUUAGUGUUUGGCUACAAGCAAAAGGGAAAGGCUUCUGUUCAAGCCAUCAAUGUUUUCCAUCCCGCUACAUAUUUUGGAAUGGAUGUCUCUGCAGUUGAAGAUCCAGUGCAGAGACGGGCUUUAGAAACCAUGAUAAAAACCUAUGGGCAGACCCCGCGUCAGUUGUUCCACACAGCCCAUGCCAGCCGACCUGGAGCCAAGCUCAAUAUUGAAGGAGAGCUUCCAGCAGCUGUUGGCUUGUUAGUACAGUUUGCUUUCAGAGAGACCCGAGAACCAAUCAAGGAAAUCACUUAUCCGAGCCCUUUGUCAUGGAUAAAAGGCUUGAAGUGGGGGGAGUAUGUAGGUUCCCCCAGUGCUCCAGUACCUGUGGUCUGCUUCAGCCAGCCCCACGGAGAAAGAUUUGGUUCCCUGCAGGCAUUGCCCACCAGAGCCAUCUGCGGUUUAUCCCGAAACUUCUGUCUUCUGAUGACCUACAGCAAGGAACAAGGUGUGAGAAGCAUGAACAACACAGAUAUUCAGUGGUCUGCUAUCCUAAGCUGGGGAUAUGCUGACAACAUCUUACGGUUGAAAAGUAAGCAGAGUGAGCCACCAAUCAACUUCAUACAGAGCUCGCAGCAGCACCAGGUGACCAGUUGUGCCUGGGUGCCUGACAGUUGUCAGCUCUUCACCGGGAGCAAGUGUGGUGUCAUCACAGCCUACACCAACAGGCUCACCAGCAGCACGCCCUCGGAAAUUGAAAUGGAGAGUCAGAUGCAUCUCUAUGGACACACAGAAGAGAUAACCAGCUUAUGUGUCUGCAAGCCAUACAGCGUGAUGAUAAGUGUGAGCAGAGAUGGGACCUGCAUAGUGUGGGACCUGAACAGACUAUGCUAUGUACAAAGUUUGGCUGGACACAAAAGCCCUGUGACGGCUGUCUCUGCCAGCGAAACAUCGGGUGACAUUGCUACUGUGUGUGACUCAGCUGGAGGGGGCAGUGACCUGAGACUCUGGACAGUGAAUGGGGACCUCGUUGGACAUGUCCACUGCAGAGAAAUCAUUUGUUCUGUAGCUUUCUCCAACCAGCCUGAGGGAGUAUCCAUCAAUGUCAUUGCUGGAGGAUUAGAAAAUGGCAUUGUAAGGUUAUGGAGCACAUGGGACUUGAAGCCUGUGAGAGAAAUUACAUUUCCCAAAUCAAAUAAGCCCAUCAUAAGCCUGACAUUUUCUUGCGAUGGCCACCAUUUGUACACUGCCAACAGUGAGGGGACAGUGAUCGCAUGGUGCCGGAAGGACCAACAGCGUGUGAAGCAGCCCAUGUUCUACUCUUUCCUCAGCAGCUAUGCAGCUGGAUGAAGAGAAGGACCGUCCCCACAGGACAUCAGCACUGUUCUGUGACCCCGGCUCCACCAACUGCAGAAGCAGAUGACUAAGCAGAUAUCCAGGAAUGACACCUGUCCCUCUGUGCACACUUCCCCAGCCUCCGUAGUCCUGAGGGUAAAGCCCUGCCCUCAUUCAGUAAUGGUGUGGAAGGCUGGGUCUGCACACGCUAGCCAACAAGCUUUAGAUCUUUCAAGGCAAAUUAAAGUCAGAAUCUUGAUGCUUUUUCCCAAAAACCAUGAUCAAAAGCAUGCGGAAUCAAAGAUCAGCAAAAGAAAGAGCAACUUAAAUUGGCUAAUUAUUUAUCUAAAAUACUAAACAUUAUAUUUUAAAAGUUUCUGGUAUAUCCCCUACAAACACUCACACACCCAAUAAAAGGAAAAAAAAAAAAAAACAUAGGACUUUUCAGGGUUCAGGAAGCAAACUGUUGAGUAGGAGCCUCUGCACUGAAUCCAUUCCAGAACUCUGAGCAGAAGGUGAACCUGCUGCCGAAUCUCAUUAGGCUGACUGUGCUGUUGUCCUCUCUGCCCAAAGAGCCAGGGGCAAGAGCUUCAGGUACUUUGGUUUCUUCACAUCCUAGUUCCUCAUAGGCUUCUACUUAAAAUCCUUAACACUAGGUAUCCAUACCCUUGGUUCAGUGACUAAUUGUCAAUUCAAUGGCAAGUCUUUUAGCACCUGCCGUUAUCAGUCCAUCUGACAGAGCACUGGCACUCCUGCCGCACUCUACAGUGUUAGCGGUAUGAAGGAGGCACAGCAGCUAGGACCGCGCUCUACUGUGAGACAGAACUGUGAAGGAAAGGGAGGCAGCGAGUGUGCAGACAAACGCAGAGUAAGUUGCUCGGUUUAGGAGCCAGCUUCACUUGUUUCCACUUAGCUACCAUCUGCAAAUCCUGGGAAGGUGGAAGCCCUACGUGUGCACCGUGGCAUGUGACAGCGGCCCCGCUCUGGAAUGGCAUGCCUGCCACUGGCAUGUGACAGCAGCUCCCGCUCUGGAGUGCCACUCCUGCCACUCUAGGACCACUGGGCUUUUACUUGAGGUGCUGCUCUAAUGGCUUUGAAGGUGACUGUGUAAGCUCAGAGCUCUCUCAGCGUGGGAUAGAAGCAUGCGUUGCUGCCUAUAGAUGACUUGUGCAUUUGUUAUGGAAACUUAACUCAUACAAUGUUUACAGAACUCCUUUUGUAACUUCCAGACUUUGUAAAACAUUCUGCUUAUAUCCACAAGAUGCAAUUCCAGAGUCUCUGCUGUGAGGACAGGCACAGGGAGAGCAGGGCCUCAUGGGACCUUUAGGUCAUAUUGACAUGGGCCACAUGUUACUCCUAAAGUCCACUUCAGAGCAGAGAUAACAUUACUCCUACUCACGUUGAAGUGAUUGAUUUGUUUUUAAAAAUUCAGCUAAUGUCUAGCUUUCAUUUUUUUACUGAGAACUUUAAGUUAGUCUCCUACAGAAUAGGGAUGCUAUGCAGCCUUGGCUUUGUUUAAGGGCCAAGUUUCAUCAUUUAUCUAAAGAGGAAAAUAUGCAAAAUAUCUGGUCUUGUUAAGCGUGCAAUAUUCUAUUUUUAUGUAAAAAUAAAAAUUCAUUGGGGGGAUUAUUUAUUUAGCAUGGAACCUAAUAUGUAUAUGUUGGAAACGCUUUGUAACAUGCAUGGUCUAGCACACAUUCCUGGAAGUCACCACGUGCUGUUCCCUUUUACACACUGCCACUUCAGUUUGGGAAUAAACUUGCUAAAAAUAGA